AUGUUCCAGCUGCCCAUCCUCAAUUUCAGCCCGCAGCAGGUGGCCGGGGUAUGCGAGACCCUGGAGGAGAGCGGGGACAUCGAGCGCCUGGGGCGCUUCCUCUGGUCCCUGCCCGUGGCCCCCGCGGCCUGCGAGGCCCUCAACAAGAACGAGUCGGUGCUGAGAGCCCGGGCCAUCGUGGCCUUCCACACGGGGAACUACCGGGAGCUCUACCACAUCUUGGAGAACCACAAGUUCACCAAGGAGUCCCACGCCAAACUGCAAGCCCUCUGGCUGGAAGCGCACUACCAGGAGGCGGAGAAGCUGCGGGGCCGACCCCUGGGGCCGGUGGACAAGUACCGGGUGAGGAAGAAGUUCCCGCUGCCCCGCACCAUCUGGGACGGCGAGCAGAAGACACAUUGCUUCAAGGAGCGGACGAGGCAUUUGCUGCGGGAGUGGUACCUGCAGGACCCUUACCCCAAUCCCAGCAAAAAGCGGGAACUGGCUCAGGCCACGGGACUUACCCCCACGCAAGUGGGCAACUGGUUCAAAAACCGCAGGCAAAGGGACAGGGCAGCAGCCGCUAAGAACAGGCUACAGCAGCAGGUCCUAACGCAGGGCUCGGUGCGCUCGCUGCAAGCGGAGGAGGAGAGCGGCGGGGAGGCGGUGGGGGCCGCCUCCAGCCCCGCGGCCAGCCUCUCCAGCAAAGCGGCCACCUCCGCCAUCUCCAUCACAUCCAGCGACAGUGAAUGUGACAUCUGA